AUGGCAGACCUGAAAACUGAAGUACUAACAACCCACAGACAGUUAAAGGAAAAAGGCCACAAGCUGGUGAUACAGUGGGUACCGAGCCACUGUGGAAUCGUCGGAAACGAGGAAGCAGACAAAGCAGCAAAAGAUGCCCACACCAAGUGUACCAUCACAAGCAUCCCCCUCAGCAAGCCCGAUAUCAAAGUGGCAGCCAAGAACAUAGCACAAGAAGAAAUGAAGAAGCACCUACAAGGCCCAGACUGGAUAAACUCACGGUUAAAGCGCAUGGACGGCGACCUCAAGCACACUGGUAACAAACACAUGAAAAGAAGGGAUACCGCGCAAGUACACCGACUUCGCCUGGGCACAGCCUUUACCCAAGCUUACAAGUUCAAGGUCAACAUCGCAAGCGACCCCCUCUGCAAGACUUGUAAGGUACCCGAGGACGAUGUUCACGUGCUUCUCCAACGCAAAAAACUACGACAACCCCAGAAGGAAGCUUGA